CCUCGUUCCUGGGCUGCACGGAGUCAGGCGCCGUGGGAAGGAGCGAGGAAUCCCACGACUGGCCGAGACCCGUGAAGGUGGGAGGCGGCUAACCCCAACCUCACACCCUGCCAUGCGGGUGGGGUGGGGGGCAGAUGGGACAGAGAGCCGGCAGCGUCGGUGUUUUCCACCUCAAACGACGGGAGGUGAGGAGGGCAAAGUGUGCAUAGUCUUGGGGAGAUGUUGGCAAGGAAAACGCUUCCAAAAAUGGUUCUCUUACGUGUCUGGGCUCCUGAAUGCCUUCAUUUGGCUGAGGGAGAAGAAGGAUGUGGACUCUCCAUCUCUCAGCUCUGUACAAGGUGCGUCCCGUGUGCAGGACUGGCUGGUUCUCGCCGGAGCUGCAGUGGACAGUGCUGUCUACCUGUCGCAGAAAUGGAGGCUCUGAAGGACAGCCUUUCCCGGGGUCAGCAACGGGCACACGGUCAACCAGGACUCGGCUCCAGAACUCUCGGCUCCCAACAUCUUGCUUCCUGAUGCUAGAUCAGUAGACCAUUCGCAGGUCCACCAGGCUCGUUUCACUUUGUCCCCAUCAGGUACUAAUUAAUGUCAUUGCUUUCAGAGCCACACAAGUUCGCUGAGCUUGUGCUUCCCCGAGAUAGCCGCAUGACCUCGCAGCCCUUCCUGAUUCUGCGGACCUCAGCCUGCCCAAACGGUCAGGACCCUUGGCACCAAGACAAGAUCGAUUCUGCUCACCCUCGGGGCCUGCGGCCAAGUGCUGGGCACUUGACACUGUGCACACUUCGAGACUCUGGCUCAGCAAUGCUGACCAGCCUCCUCCAGGCCCCUGGAGAUAGGAGGGACCUGACUCUAGCAAUUCCAUCAUUCCUUAGUGUAUGUGGCCUCGCUGGACUCUCUGCCCCUUCUUCCACCCUCCCUGGUUCAGACAACAGCACCCCCUUCUUCCUACAUCUUCGUCUUGAAAUCUCCAUCAACUUCGACUUGUUGUCUGGCUCACAGGCACAUCCUCUCAUUGGCCGUGUCCUCUGAACUCUGCCCGUGCCGUGUGCGUAGAGACAGCGCAGUAAGGGCUUCGGCUGAAGAGUGGCAGAGGGGACAGUCCUCACCAUUGUCUGACCACACUCUGGUGCUCACGUUCCCCACCUCGCUGUCCUCCUACCUGCCUGACCUGCAGAAGACCUGUCACCCUGCCAUGCCUGGGUCGUUGUCCACCUUGUCCGUGAGAGCCUCCCGCACAGAAGUGGCUCCCAAUAGGGACCGAACUACCUGCGGAAAUACUACCACCUGAGGACUGGAACCAGCAAGCCCGGCAGGCAGAGGAGCAGCAGUCUGGUGACUGAGAAGCUGAAGCAGAUGCAGGCGUUCUACGGGCUAAAGGUGACGGGGAAGGUGGACGCCGACACCCUGACUCUGAUGAGGCAGCCCCGAUGUGGGGUGCCCGACGUGGCUCCGUACGCCCUCGGUGAGAGGACCCUCCGCUGGGAGCACACCCACCUGACCUACAGGCUUGAAAAUUACACACCAGAUUUGCCGAGAGCAGACGUGGAUAGUGCCAUUGACAGAGCCUUUCAGCUCUGGAGUAAUGCCUCUGCCCUGACCUUCACCAGGGUCUUUGAGGGCCAAGCGGACAUAAUGAUAUCCUUUGUCAGGGGAGAUCACAACGACAACAACCCCUUCGGCGGGCCUGGAAACAUUAUUGCUCAUGCCUUCCCACCGGGAGAAGGCAUUGGAGGAGAUGUUCAUUUUGAUGAAGAGAAAAGAUGGACCAAAGAUUUCAGAGAUUUCAACUUGUACCACGUCGCAGCACAUGAAGUGGGCCAUUCCCUCGGACUGUUGCACGACGGCGACAUUGAGUCCCUGAUGUUCUCCAGCUACAACUACUAUGGGGAUAAUCUGCUGACUCAGAGGGACAUCGAUGCCAUUCAGGCCCUCUACGGACCUUCCAAAAAUCCCAUUCAGCCAAGAAAACGUCAAGUACCACAAGCCUGUGAAAGCAAGUUAACAUUUGAUGCUAUUACCGAAAUUCGUGGAGAAUUGUACUUCUUUAAAAACAGGUUCUUCCUACGCACGAGACCCUUCUACAAAACAGGGGAGCUCGGUGCCAUCACUGACUUCUGGGUCCCGCUGUCAAGGGGAGUUGACGCUGCUUACGAGGUUGCUAGCAGAGACGAAGUCUUCUUUUUUAAAGAUAGUAAAGUCUGGGCCUUCAAUGCAGUUAAGAUGAGGCGAGGCUACCCCAAGGACAUUUACCACUCCCUGGGCUUCCCGCACACAGUGAAGAGCAUCGAUGCUGCUGUUCACGAGGAGGAGACCGGGAAGACGUACUUCUUUGUCGCCAGCAAGUACUGGAGGUAUGAUGAAAACACACGGUCUAUGGAUACAGGUUUUCCCAAAGAAAUAGCUCAUGGGUUUCCUGGAAUCGGCAAAAAAGUUGACGCUGUCUUCCAGGAAAGAGGAUUUUUCUAUUUCUUUCGUGGAAAAAGACAGUACAAAUUUGAUCCUCACACAAAGCGAAUUUUGACUAUCCUGAAUAUCAACAGCUGGUUCAACUGUAGAAAUAAAUGAAGCCUGACUCUCUCCAAGGAGAAAAGAAAAAGCAAUACUCCUCAUGAGCUCCAGGGAGGUGCUUUCCUUCAGCGCUUGACAUUCACCUCUUGGCAAUGCAGAGACGCGGACGCUCUGGUGCCAUCUUGUUAAACCUCGGCCUGGCUCAGCCUGCGUUCCUGAGACGGCCUGGCCUCCCGGACUCUCCUAUUUAGCUAGCGUUAAGGGAGUGCUGAGGUCAUAGUCUGUCCUCGGGCUUCCACAGCGGAAAGCUUUCUGUCCCUAUUCUCUGCUGUUUGAAGGGAUUAGACGUCUCAUAAUAACCACCUCCUCAAAUGUUCUGUCUCUGAGUAGGGGAAUUCACAGUGCAAGUGCGUUGGGAAGGUAGCAUGUACGGAAUUUCUAGCACUUCCCAUGGCAUACGCGUUACGGGACAGGAAGCGGCUGGUUACUGACCUUCUCUUAUUUCCAUUUCAAACUAGGCCUUUAAGUCAAAUAGUGGAAGGGACUGGGGUGCCUGGCCGGUUCCGUUGGUGGAGUGCAAGACUCUGGGUCUUUGGGUUGUGAGUUCAAGCUCUGUGUCGGGCACAGAGCUUACUUUAAAAAAUAAAAAGAAAAAAAUAAAAAUGAGCCACUUAAAAAAAAAAUGAUGAUGAUAAUGGAAGAGACUUAUUGAGGUUUGGCUAGGUCCUGGUGGGAGCACCGGGUGAAAACUUCUCAGCUAUUCUCCUGGCUAGCUCCAUCAAGUUUGGAGCUCAUCCCUGAAGAUCAGCCUGAUGGUCUUGUCCCCCAGAGAGCUUCCCUCCAGAACACCUGGGGGUUCCAGGCUGUGUUGUGCAGGCGGACGUUUACAGGGCCUCGCUCAUGCUGCUGAGGUAGAAUGACUGUGAGGCAAAUCGUCUCUUUGGCUCAUACUUAUCAUUUCUCAUGGGUUUUCUGGUGGAGCUCUGGGGUUAAGAGUCCCUUGAUUUUAGAGUGAAUGAUUUGUGUACUGUGUGUUGUUGACUAUUACUUUUAUUCUGUUUGCCAUGAGAAUAAAUGCACGCUGAGAAGCUCUGGGCAAGAUGCCAAGCCAGGUGUGUGAGCUCCUUCCUUUGAACCAAAGCCGCAGAAAGAGAGCAUGUUCCUUCGGUGUGUAUGGAGAAGCUGAGUCACCGUCCCGUUGACACUGCAGAGACCACACGGCUGCCUACAUCACUGGCACCUGGUCCACACAGUACUGAAGUCUGGCCAAGAAUCAGGAUGAGAGGAAUAACAAUGGCAAAGAAGGCGCUUUGGAUUCAUCAG